AUGGCGUCACAUCGAUCUACACCUCGUACCCCUUCCGGCAAAGGGAAAUGCCAACAACCCUAUCAUAAAGCAACUUGGGAUGGGGAGUCGACACGGAUUUUGUUGGAACUGGUUGUGAAGGAAAUUGAAGCAGGAAAUCGGCCACACAUGUCAAUCACUCCAAACGGGUACCGUUCGUUGUCUAAGACAUUUGAGGCAGUGACUGGGCGGCUGCAUUCCCUUAAACAACUUAAAAACAAGUACAAUCUGUUGAAGACCGAGUGGCGUGCGUGGUGUAAGCUAAUGGAUUGCCGGAAAGGACCAACUGGAAUUGGCUUUGACCAAAUUGACAAUGUAUGUUGCAAGUUCAGAACCAAAACCUUGGACCAUUCGGACUUGAUGAAGCGCGUCUUCACUGGCGCUACGGCUACGGGGAAAAAUGCAUGGACACCCGGCAAGACUCGUAACCCAAUGGAGUUGGACGGAGAGUCGGACAGUCCAGAAUUUUCAAGUGACAGCAAUGACUUAGGCGCAUCGGAAAUGGCAGCCAUGAUGAACUCCGCGCACAUCAAUGCCACGGGUAAUGGAAGUAAGCGGAAGCAUUCCUCGGGGAAAGCAUUGCAAAACAAGCGCAUUACGGGAGCUGAAGCGUUGGCAAGCAGCAUGGACGACUUGCUAAAUUCUGUGAAGACUCAGAGCAAGGAAUUAACUGUCAACCACGUCGUCGGGGGCCACAGUAUUACUAUGGGACAGGCUGUUGGACGGCUGUAUGAAAUAUAG